GGAAAGUGAAAGAGCAGGAAAAGAAAAUGAAGCCCCCACCACCUUAUCAUUUUCGAAAUUUAAAAAUACCCUAAAAUGCAAUUUCUAGCCGUUAACCUGUCAGUCCCAGGAUCCAGCUUCACAUUUUCGUUUGCUCCCAACCCAAAUUCAAUCUCCACUUUUCUUUCACUCACAAAUCACAAAUUCUUUCUUUCUGUUUUGCAGAUUCUGGAGAUACCCGAACUUCAGAUUGUUCCCAGAAAAAUAAAAAAGAUGAAUUCUGUGAAGGGAAAGUUUCUGAAGAAACUGAAGACCAUGAAAACAAUCGGGUAUUUGAAGGCAGAAAAUAUUCUCCUCCCACCCAAACCUCCAUUGAUUCCCAUUCAAGUUCAAGAACAACAACCCAGGAAGAUUCUUGAAACCAGAGUGCAGGAGAAGGAGCCUGAGAUGAUUGAUGUUUCAGAGCUGAUGAGAGACCUUGAAGAUGCAGAAAUGGAGAUUAAUCUUGAUGAUAAAGAGAACAUCGGGCCAAACGUGACCUCAUUGAAGCCAAAGAUUGAAGCUUUUGGUGAUCAAAGGUCUGAGAUUGAUGUGUCGAGUUUCAGGCGGCCGGAUUUGAAUUCGUUUACUCUGUUCGACCCCAACCUUCUCGCAGCUUUUGAGCAGGCAGUAAUGGUGGUAAAAGCGCAGGAAGCAGAGAGAAUGGCCAUGAUUGAAGAAACAAUCGAGCAGAUAAUCAAAGAAGAGGAAGAAGAAAGGCAAGAACCGCCUUCGAAGCUUCGAAAAAUGGAGGAAAACACUAACCCACUCUUGAAAUUCCCGGAAAAAUGCCCGCCGGGAGGCUCAGAAUCGGUAAUUCUGUACACGACAGGGCUGAGAGGGGUCCGGAAGACGUUCGAGGACUGCCAGAGGGUUCGAUUCCUGCUGGAAAACUUCCGGGUUUUGUUCUUCGAGAGGGACGUGUCGAUGCACACGGAAUACAGGGAUGAACUGUGGAGGGUUCUGGGCGGAAGAGCGGUGCCGCCGCGGCUGUUCAUAAGGGGGAGAUACAUCGGCGCGGCGGAGGAAGUGGUGGCGCUGCAUGAACAGGGGAGGUUUAGGCCUCUUCUUGAAGGGAUUCCUGUUGAUGCUUCUCAAGGGCAGUGUGAUGGGUGUGGUGGGGUGAGGUUUGUUAUGUGUUUCAGGUGCAGUGGAAGCACAAAAAUCGUUGACGAUGAUGGCGGCGCCGGCGGUGAGAGUAUGAAAUGUCCGGCUUGUAAUGAGAAUGGGUUGAUUGUUUGCCCUAUGUGUUCUUUGAGCUGAUGGAUUAUUGAAUUCAUACUAUUGGUGUAAGUGUAACUCUUGUAUACAUACAUAUUUUCACAUUCCUUUGUUAUUUUG